AUGAGGUUGUUACAUUUAACGGUUACACUCAACUCAAACACAAACACACUAUUCUUACUUCUUCUUCAUCGUCAUCAAACAAACACUCUCUUCUUAUAACUUCCAUGACUGUAAAACCAAAACUCUGUUCCAGAUAAAACAAACCCAACCAUGCAAAUUCCGUUUAACCCUUCUCAAUUAUCAUCACUCAGAUUCUUAUUCAUUCUUCUCUGUUUCUUUCAUGGUGCAAAUGGGUUUGGCACCAUGGGACCAAUCUCAGCUUCGUUUGGAGAAUACGAAGUGUUUUGUUCCAUUGAUGCUAGUGGAAAACAAGACGUUAUUUGUUGGGGGAAAAACACCACUUCACCGCAACCUCUUUCGUCUUCCGCUUAUGUUACGAACAUUCCGGCCAUGUCAGCGCUUUCUGGCGGUGAAGGUUUUCUAUGCGGUAUUUUAGCAAACACUUCGCAAGCGUUUUGUUGGGCUGCGACUUCGAAACAAAACGCAGAUCCCGUUUUGGUUCCUUCGUUGUACAGGAACACUGCGUACUCUCGUAUAGCGGCUGGGAAGAGUCAUGUCUGUGCUGUCAGAGGUUCUUACUACUCCGAUCGUGAUUCCGGAACUGUGGAUUGCUGGCAAAUCUCGAAGAGAAGUAAGAACGGUACGCUAACGGCGGUGGUUAAUGAUUUGUUCUCUGAUCAAUCUGUUAUUAAUCUUGAAAUGAACAGUGUUGUUUCCGGUGAAGGGUUUACGUGUGGUGGGGUAAGAGAUGGAGGGUUGGUUUGUUGGGGACCCAAUUCAACAAGCCUGAAAGUUUCCAAUGUUUCUGAUAGUUUUUCUGUUUUAGCUGCGGGGAGAAUGGCAGUGUGCGGUGUUUCGAAUAUCUCCGGUGAUGUGAGAUGCUGGGGCGAUAUCGAGCCUCCGAGAACCGAGAUUUCUUUCGUUUCGCUCUCUGGCGGGGCGCAUCAUUUCUGCGGCGUUCGAGAGGAUAAUCAUGUGGUUCAAUGUUGGGGUAAUUUGAGUUCAUCUUUGGUUCCAAAAGGUUAUGGCUUUUUGGCAAUUGCUUCUUCGGAUUACACAACUUGUGGUAUAAGGGAAGAUGAUCUUCUUCUAGAUUGUUGGUUGGUCAACGCUUCAAAGCCUGAUUUUGACCCUCCUUUAGAGCUUUCAAGUCCUGGUCUUUGCAGGUCAAGUUCUUGUGGAGUCAAUGAGUUUGAUUUCAAUGUUAGUGUUCUUAAUGAGCCUGAUUUGACAAGCUUAUGUGUAAGACAGGAUUUGAGGAUUUGUUCGCCUUGUGGGUAUAACUGUUCACAAGGAUUCUUUUUGUCUAGUCCUUGUACUCAAAAUUAUGAUAGAGUUUGCACAGCUUGUUCUCUAUGUCAGAACAGUUCUUGUUUGAGUGUUUGCAGACUUCAUUCUUCGAACGGGUUUUUUCAUUGGCAUCAUAUCCGUAGAUGGGUUGUCAUAAUUGGAUCUUCUGCUUUGUGUUUGUUGCUGAUUUUGGUUUGUGGGUGUUUUUUCCGAUGCUGUGCUUGUUCAAGGGGACAACGACAUGGGACAAAGAAACAUUCCAAGUCUUGUAUCGGUAAACAUGAACAAGAAAACGAUGAUGACGUGAAUGGUAAUGGUAAUGGUCUUCUUCACUCGUUUCCUUCGGCUGCUUCUUGUCCUGGUUUGCCUCAGGUUUUCAGGCUUUCAGAGUUGAAAGACGCUACCAAUGGUUUCAAGGAGUUUAAUGAGCUUGGCAGAGGAAGUCAUGGAUUUGUUUACAAAGCUGCUUUGGCUGAUGGGAGAGUGGUUGCGGUGAAAAGAGCAAACGCUGCCACAAUAAUACACACCAACAAUCGCGACUUUGAAAUGGAGUUGGAAAUUUUGUGCAAAAUUCGUCACUGUAAUGUUGUUAACUUGUUGGGUUACUGUGCUGAGAUGGGAGAGAGGUUGCUUGUUUAUGAGUAUAUGUCUCAUGGAACACUUUCUGAUCACAUUCAUGGUGGUCUUUCUCCUCUUAAUUGGAGCUUAAGGCUUAAGAUAGCUAUGCAAUCAGCAAAGGGGGUUGAGUAUCUUCACAAGGAGCUAUCGCCUCCAAUUGUUCAUAAGGAUCUAAAGAGUUCCAGCAUUCUUUUGGAUUCAGAAUGGGGGGCUAGAGUUUCCGAUUUCGGACUUGUUAUUUCGAGUGAUAAAGAUCUUAACAGGGACAUGGAAAGUGAUGUUUACAGCUUUGGGAUAGUGCUGUUGGAGAUUCUAAGUGGAAGGAAGGCUCAUGAUAUAGAUUUUGAUCCACCUAAUGUUGUUGAGUGGGCAGUGCCUUUGAUUAAACAAGGUAAAGCAGCUGCAAUAAUUGAUCGCAGCAUCGCUCUUCCGAGAAAUGUCGAGCCUUUGCUUAAGCUAGGCGAUAUAGCAGAGCUGGCUGUAAGAGAGAAUCCGAGUGAACGUCCAUCUAUGUCGGAUAUAGCAUCUUGGUUGGAGCAGAUUGUGAAGGAUGGAUUGAUCUUAUAACACUGGUCAAUUCAUUGCUUGUUUUGAUCCUGUGAGUAAAUCCCUUCUUCGGUUGUAAAUUGGUUUUUGAGUUUGUUGGAGCUUGCUUAAUUAUCUUUUGUAUUAUUUUUUUGCCUUCAUUUUUUCUAAUAGUCACAAAGUGAAGGACAUUGCAUUGUUGCGCUAUACAAAAUUGUUAUUGGUACAUGUUAAUUGUUAUUACUCUUGCUCUA